GUCCGUAGCAACUGCACAGUCUACUCAGAUGUUCUCGGAAUCCAGCGUACCCAAGGUAUCCGUUCGGCAGCAGCAAAGUGUAGGGGGCCAAUUCUCAGGUCAUAAGAUAAAAGAUCGAUCGAGGGAAGCGAUGGGAUCGCAUUCGACCAGUGACAACUACGAGGGCGAUUUCCACCUUCAACAGACGCAACAACAGCAAUCGAAGUACGAUGUGUCGUGGAUGGCGGAAGGGCGUCAAGAAUACAAGAGUAGUGAUCACGUGUCGAUCGUGACACAAAGUCACACCGCUUCAUAUACUCAAUACAAUAACCAUCAACAACAUCAAUCGCAGCAUCAACAACAUCAGCAGCAGUAUCAACAGCAGCAGCAACAAUCGUCACACUCUCAGCAAAACCAUCAACAAUUUGGGUACGAAUAUACCUCGCAGCUUAUUAAUCCGUCGAUCGACUACGUGAUCCCACCUGCCGCAGGAUAUGGAGCAAACUUCGACCUGAAUCACGCUCACAGCCAGAGUUCUAACCGAAAGUCCGAUAUCUUCUUCGCACAUCCCGUCGGUGACGAGGGCAGCGGUGCUACUGGGCUAGCUGGUUCGUGGUCUUCGCCGAGCAAAUUGCCCGACAGCUCGUAUUUUGUACCACCCGUUACACUUCCUGCCACAGGUAAUGGUGGUAUAGAGUUGAAUACAUCUGGUGCUACCUGUAAGCAGUCUUCCAGCAGCGUUAAAAGGGCUCAGCAAACUUCAGCGCCACAAGAGUCGACUGGCAAUAGUUCCGGAACUGGAAGUAGCUUUCUCUCUGUUAGUCAGCUUGUUGAUCAGUCGAGCAAAGUUUAUCCCAACAAUAACGGAAGCGGCCAAGGCCAUCUGUCAUCAUCUGUUUCGGUAUCUUCUUGCCAGCAGCAUAAACCUCCCAACAAUAGCUACUCCGCCGAGGCACUGAUAGGCAAUACGACGUACAAUACAUCUAACAAUCUUACAGAUGAAGCUGCCCAGGGGCGCAAAGAUAAGCUUUACGACUAUGGAUGCUCCAGUAACGCACCCAUGGGAGAACUCCUCGCAAAUCCAUCCAACACGGCGAAUAUUCCAUUUAAUUUUGACGCGUAUACAACACCGGGAACGGAUUACGGCAAGAGCUAUAGUUUUUCCAAUCAAUUCUUGGAUGGUGGCAAUGCCUAUACCAGCCUAACGACUGCAACUCCAACCGGAACAGUCGCUGGAAGUGGCCUAUACUAUGGAAAGCCGGCUGCUGCAUCCUCCCAAGGAUCCUAUUUCCAUCCUUCUGCUGGAACUAAUUUGAGCUCGACUGGAAGUAAUUAUCACGCGCUACCGCCAGCAGCCACUGUCAAUGGUGAUGGUUUCCCAUCCUACUACUUGCCAUCGUUUACGGAGAAAGCUUCGUCUAACCAUUGCUCAUCCGGAAAGCAUUAUAGUGGAGGGAUGUCCAGUGAGCUGCAGCAUCAUAAAAGCUCAGAAAGGAAGUCCCAUAAAGGUAGUAACAUACGUCCGACUACGGAUUAUGUGCGAAGCAUGGUCUCAAACUCCACCACGUCUUCUGUACCGAGCUCCGCUUCCAGUAGCAGCUACUCGGUGACAACGUGUUCACAAUUUCCAAACAACGGAACCACCGCAACUUCUGCCGCAAAAACACACCCGACAGAGUCCGUAUCCUACCCUAACUAUCAUCAACAUCAGCAGCAGCAUCAGCAACAACAAAUUUCACAACACGGACAACAACGACCUUACAGGAGCAUUCCAGCGGAAGUCGUUCAUUCUACGCAAAAGUCAACGCAUCAAGGGAUUGAGGGAUCUACCGCUUCGUAUAGCUACAAUCAGUAUUCCACCUCGUCAACGCAUAGCUAUGACUCAUCUAAAGUACCCAGUAAACGCCAGUCCAGUCUUUUGCCACCAGACGAGGGCUUCAAUGGAAUUGAUGCAACAUCGUAUACCGCUGGCCAGUCACAUCACCUAGACGUCGCACCUUGUUUUAACACUUCCGCUUCUUCUUCUGUGCCUUCGUCGGGUGGCACUGUUGGAUUCGGUGGUAGUGCCUCAUCCCAGAUGCCUCUUUACGGCAGCCAAGUACAUCAUCAUCAACAGCCUCAUCAUCAUCAUCAUCAUCAUCAUCAUCACCAUCAUCAGAGCGGGAUGAGUGGUAGCUCAUCGUUGAUUCAAUCCUCGUCCGGAGGUACAAUCACAAACUUCAACCUCAGUACGAUAUGCCCCGAGAUCAACGAUAAAACGGGACGAACUGGUGUGGAUCGGGGUGAUGCGGAACCGUCGGUUGCCUCCUCCAUAAUGAUGCUCUGGUAGAGUUUGGAUCGUAUUAUCGGCUGCUUGAUUGUUUGAAUUGAUUUCGUUAAUCGUGAACAAUUUGGCUAUCGGUAAACUUUAUGAAGUGAUGUAAAUUAAAAUCGAUUAAAUUAUGAAUUAAAAUAUGGAGGAUCGCUAUUUGAAAAGAAUGUAAUUCAUUAUUCCUUGUUGAGCAUUUGAAAAUAUAAAUGUGUAAAUCUA